CUCAAACUCCUCCAAUUCCUCCCAAGCAGCUUGCAACCUUGCGCCGACCCCUGUGCUUGUUUGCUGCCGGAGGAUGGUCCAGGUGUCUCGACGCGCCGGCUGAACCUGAGCUCCACCGAGCCCAGUCGACACAUUACCGUCGCAGCACGUUCGCUUUACCAUUUGUUCUAUUGUUUUUUGUUAUAAUAUACCAUCAAAAUGGCGGACCAGAAUAUUUCUCAAUAUAAGUACUCGGCGAUGUCCAACCUGGUUCUCCAGGCGGACCGUCGUUUUAUCUCUCGCGUCAACGAUGAACCCACCGGAGACCCAGAGUCGCUCGCUGGUCGCAUAAGUAUUCGGGAGAUGGGCGGCAGGAUGGCGCGUGAUGAUGCGCCUAAGACGAAGAAGAAGACUGUCGGCCCGACGGACAUUGAACGCGGUGCGAUUCGAGAGGGUGAGGAUGUGCUUGCCCGUGAACAGAGGAAGACCCAACGGGGUCAACCGGCACAACUACGAGGCCAGGGGAUUCUCUCUGCCGCAGAUGCCCUCAUUGAGGGCCUCAAGUACCGUCCCCGCACGCCUGCCACCCGAGCUACCUACGACCUUAUUCUCACCAUGACCGCGACCCACCUUGGCGACGUCCCCCACGAAGUGGUCCGAAGUGCCGCUGAUGCAGUGUUGGAAUUGCUGAAGGAUGAAGAGAUGAAGGACUUCGACAAGAAGAAGGAGAUCGAUGACCUGCUCGGAAGCUCGAUGAACCCCAAGGAGUUCAAUGAGCUCGUCAACCUCGGCAAGAAGAUUACAGACUACGACGCGCAGGACGAAGAUGAAGAAAUGGGCGAAGGUUUGGAAGGUGAAGGUGAAGGCGAACUUGAUGAGCGCCAAGGUGUUGCCGUCGUUUUCGAUGAGGAGGAUGAGGACGACGAGCGCAUGGGUACUGUGGAUGAGAUACGCGAUGACGACGAACUGUCAGAGGACGAAGAGGCCGACCAACAAGAAGCUACUGGAAUCGACGAGACAACCACUGAGAAGGCGGAUCUCGAUGGUCUUGAGGAGGCCGAAGAGAUGGUAAUAGAUGGUGGCCUGGGUCGGGAUGCAGAUCGACGAGACAAGGGAUCAACGGUACCUGCCCGGGAGAUCGAUGCCUACUGGCUUCAGCGUCAAAUCGGUGCCGCAUAUUCCGAUGCCCACAUACAGCAUGAAAAGGCUACACAAGCACUUGAGAUCCUUGGUGGUCAGGGCGAGGACGGCGCGGAGCGGCCGCUACGUGAUGUUGAAAACGACCUGAUGGAAUUGUUCGACUACGAGAACCCCGACCUUGUCGCCAAAUUGGUCACCAACCGGGAUAAGAUCGUUUGGGUCACUCGCUGGCGUCGAGUGGCCGAAGACGCAGACGCCCGCCACCUGGUAGAGAGUGAGAUGGUCGAGGCUGGACAUCGCCAGAUUCUGGACGAGAUCCGGGGUAAAUCAACUCGUUCCGAAGGUGCAGGUCGGCCAGAGAAGAAGAUCAAGCUGGAUUUGAUGGAUGUCGAUGUCCCGAGUGCACCUCAACAACCCGAAGAGAAGCCUACAGAGGGAGGACUGGUGAGGGGCUUGCAGCCGAAGAGGCUGAUCAACCUGGAAAACCUCGUCUUCCACCAGGGCAACCACUUGAUGACGAACCCUAACGUCAAGCUACCACAGGGCUCUACGAAGCGGACGUUCAAGGGCUAUGAGGAGAUUCAUGUGCCUCCUCCGCAGGCAAAGAGAGAGCCAGGGGAGAAGAACAUCCCGGCUACCGAACUGCCCGAGUGGGCUCGUAUCGGCUUUGGUAGUGCGAAGGAGCUCAAUCGGGUCCAGUCCAAGUGCUUCCCAUCUGCGUUCCAUGACGAUGGAAACAUGCUCGUCUGUGCUCCCACAGGAUCAGGAAAGACGAACGUUGCCAUGCUCACAAUUCUCCGCGAAAUCGGAAAGAACCGCAACCCUGAAACCGGUGAGAUCAUGUUGGAUGACUUCAAGAUCAUCUACAUCUCCCCGUUGAAGGCGCUGGUUCAGGAGCAAGUCGGAAACCUCGGCAAGCGACUGGAGCCGUAUGGCAUCAAGGUUGCUGAACUCAGUGGUGAUCGCCAGCUCACCAAACAGCAAAUUGCUGAAACGCAGAUUAUUGUGACCACCCCCGAGAAGUUUGAUGUCAUUACAAGAAAGGCAUCGGAAACGAGCUACACAAGGCUCGUUCGUCUUAUUGUUAUCGAUGAAAUCCACCUUCUUCACGACGACCGUGGUCCUGUCAUCGAGAGCAUCGUCAGCAGAACAAUUCGCAAGGUUGAACAGACCGGUGACCCUGUGCGAAUUGUUGGUCUCAGUGCUACUUUGCCCAACUACCGUGAUGUUGCAAGCUUUUUGCGCGUCGAUCCCCUCAAAGGUCUCUUCCAUUUCGACGGGUCUUAUAGACCAUGCCCGCUGAAGCAGGAGUUCAUUGGUGUUACCGACAAGAAGGCUAUCAAGCAGUUGAAGACAAUGAACGAUAUUUGCUAUAACAAGGUGCUUGAGCAGGUUGGACAACGAAGGAAUCAGAUGCUUAUUUUCGUCCACUCCCGAAAGGAGACCGCCAAAACCGCCAAGUACAUCAGGGACAAGGCUCUUGAAAUGGAGACCAUUGGUCAGAUCCUGCGAAGCGAUGCUGCAAGCAGAGCCAUCUUGGCCGAAGAAGCCGAGACCGUGGACGAUCCUUCCCUCAAAGAUCUUCUGCCCUACGGCCUCGGUAUCCACCAUGCUGGUCUGAGUCUUGCGGAUCGUGAUUCAGUUCAGGCUCUGUUCAGUGAUGGUAGCAUUCAAGUCCUUGUGUGCACGGCAACUCUCGCCUGGGGUGUCAACCUGCCUGCUCAUACCGUCAUCAUCAAGGGUACUCAGAUCUACUCGCCUGAGAAGGGUAGCUGGGUUGAGCUUAGCCCUCAGGAUGUUCUCCAGAUGCUGGGACGAGCUGGACGACCUCAGUACGAUACAUUCGGUGAGGGUAUUAUUAUUACUUCGCAGACCGAGAUUCAGUACUAUCUGUCGCUUAUGAACCAGCAGCUGCCGAUCGAGAGUCAGCUUAUGAGUAAGCUUGCGGAUAAUAUGAAUGCUGAGAUCGUUCUUGGCAAUAUUCGCACGCGCGACGAGGGUGUCGAUUGGCUGGGAUACACUUAUUUGUUCGUCCGUAUGCUUCGUUCACCCGGAUUGUACAGCGUUGGCGCCGAUUAUGAGGACGACGAGGCACUGGAGCAGAAGCGUGUCGAUCUUGUCCACUCUGCAGCAGUCAUCUUGGAGCGGGCAGGCCUUGUCAAGUAUGACAAGAAGACAGGACGCCUGCAGUCGACUGAGCUUGGACGCAUCGCCUCUCAUUACUACAUUGGCCACAACUCCAUGUUGACGUACUCUCAGCACAUCCAGCCCUCCAUCACGCCCAUCGAACUCUUCCGUAUUUUCGCCUUGAGUGACGAAUUCAAGUACAUUCCAGUCCGUCAAGAUGAAAAGCUCGAGCUUGCCAAGUUGUUGGGACGUGUGCCUGUUCCCGUCAAGGAAGGCAUCGACGAGCCUCACUCGAAGAUCAAUGUUCUACUGCAGGCCUAUAUUUCCAGACUCAAGCUUGAGGGGCUGGCUCUUAUGGCAGAUAUGGUUUAUGUCACACAGUCGGCUGGUCGUAUUCUCCGCGCCCUGUUUGAGAUUUCCCUGAAGAAGGGCUGGUCAUCUGUGGCCAAGACGGCUCUCAACCUCUGUAAGAUGGCUGAACGACGGAUGUGGCCGACGAUGACGCCGCUGCGUCAAUUUCCCAACUGUCCUAGAGACAUCCUGCAGAAGGCUGAAAGAAUCGAUGUGCCAUGGGCUAGUUAUUUCGACCUUGAUCCUCCUCGCAUGGGUGAGCUUCUCGGUAUGCCGAAGGCUGGUCGUGUUGUCUGUGACCUCGUCUCCAAAUUCCCUCGCUUGGAAGUUCAAGCGCAGGUUCAGCCUGUCACUCGUUCUAUGCUCCGGGUUGAGUUGACCAUUACUCCCAACUUUGUGUGGGAUGAGGCGCUCCAUGGAAACGCACAGGACUUCUGGAUCUUGGUCGAAGAUUGCGAUGGAGAGGAAAUUCUAUUCCAUGAUCAGUUCCUUCUCCGCGGAGACAUUGCGCAGUCCGAGAUGAACGAGCACCUUGUCGAAUUUACUGUUCCGAUCACCGAACCUAUGCCCCCCAACUACUUCAUCUCGCUCGUUUCGGACCGUUGGAUGCACUCGGAAACGAAGAUCGCUGUUUCUUUCCAGAAGCUUAUUCUUCCGGAACGCUUCCCCCCGCAUACUCCUCUCUUGGAUAUGCAACGUGCUCCUGUCAAGGCACUGAAGCGCGAUGAAUACCAGCAACUGUACUCUGAGUGGCAAUACUUCAACAAGAUCCAAACACAGACCUUCAAGUCUCUGUUCGAUACGGAUGACAAUGUCUUCAUCGGUGCUCCUACCGGCAGUGGCAAGACUGUUUGCGCAGAACUUGCGCUGCUGCGUCAUUGGGCUCAGGAAGACAGUGGCAGGGCCGUUUACAUAGCCCCGUUCCAGGAGUUGGUUGACCAACGUCUCGCCGAUUGGGAGAAGCGACUGAGCAACGUCGCCGGCGGGAAGACUAUUGUGAAGCUUACUGGCGAGACGACUGCCGACCUCCGGCUUCUAGAGCGUGCCGAUCUUGUCCUUGCUACCCCUACUCAAUGGGAUGUCUUGUCCAGACAGUGGCGGAAGCGUAAGAACGUCCGGGCAGUGCAGCUUUUCAUCGCUGAUGAAAUCCAAAUGCUCGGUGGCUACGGAGGAUAUGUGUACGAGGUGGUGGUCUCUCGUAUGCACUCCAUGGCGCUGGAAACCGAGAGUGGCAUGCGUAUUGUUGGUCUGAGCGUGCCGCUUGCCAAUGCUCGCGAUCUGGGUGAGUGGAUUGGUGCCAACAAGCACACAAUCUACAACUUCAGCCCGCAUGCCCGGCCGGUGCCUCUUGAGCUUCAUAUCCAGUCUUUCACCAUCCCCCACUUCCCCUCGCUUAUGCUCGCCAUGGCCAGGCCAGCGUAUCUUUCGAUCCUUCAGCUAUCCCCCGACAAGCCUGCCAUCGUCUUCGUGCCUAGCCGCAAGCAGACUCGUUCCACCGCUAUGGAUCUCCUGGCUGCCUGCGCUACUGACGAUGAUGAAGACCGGUUCCUUAACGCCGAUGUCAAUGAGCUGGCGCCUCUCCUGGGCCGCAUUAAUGAACGAACUCUCGCAGAGUCACUCUCACACGGCAUUGGUUACUACCACGAAGCGCUCAGCGCGACCGACAAGCGCAUUGUCUCUCAUCUCUUCAGUAUCGGUGCAAUCCAGGUCCUCCUUGCCUCCAGAGAUGUCUGCUGGGAGCUCGAUCUCACCGCACAUCUCGUAGUUGUCAUGGGAACGCAGUUCUUCGAAGGCCGGGAGCACCGCUAUAUCGACUACCCUAUCAGCGAGAUUCUCCAGAUGUUCGGCAAGGCCUCUCGUCCUGGCGAGGAUAAGAUUGGUCGUGGUGUGCUCAUGGUCCCAGCUGUCAAGCGGGAAUACUACAAGAAGUUCCUGAACGAAGCUCUGCCCGUUGAGAGUCACCUGCAAGCCUACUUGCAUGACGCCUUCGUCACAGAGAUCAGCACCAGGACGAUUGGAUCAACUCAAGAUGCGAUCGACUGGAUGACUCACACCUACUUCUACCGUCGGCUUUUGGCCAACCCCAGUUUCUACGGUCUGACCGAUGUCAGCCACGAGGGCCUCAGCACUUUCCUGUCGGAACUGCUGGAGAACACGCUGAAGGAACUGUCGGAUGCCAAGAUCGUUGACCUGGAUGAGGAGGAUGACAGCGUAUCGCCUCUGAACGCGGCCAUGAUUGGGUCUUACUACAACAUCUCCUUCAUCACAAUGCAGACCUUCCUUCUCUCCCUGUCGGCUCGCACGAAGCUCAAGGGUAUUCUGGAGAUUAUCACAUCAGCUACAGAAUUCGAGUCGAUCCAGAUGCGCCGUCACGAGGACCACAUCCUGCGUCGCGUCUACGACCGUGUGCCUGUCAAGAUGUCGCAGGUCGCCUACGACUCGCCGCACUUCAAGGCCUUCGUGCUGCUGCAAGCUCACUUCUCGCGCAUGCAGUUGCCGAUCGAUCUUGCCAAGGAUCAGGAGGUCAUUGUCAGCAAGGUUCUCAACCUGCUGAGUGCUUGUGUCGAUGUUCUCUCUUCCGAGGGCCACCUGAACGCCAUGAACGCCAUGGAGAUGUCCCAGAUGGUCGUCCAGGCCAUGUGGGACCGCGACAGCCCUCUGAAGCAGAUUCCUCACUUCGGCCCCGACGCCAUCAAGGUGGCCAACGAGUACAACAUCAACGACAUUUUCGAGUUCAUGGAAGCCAUGGACCCCUCCGAGAACCAGGACUACGCGACCUUGGUCAAGCGCCUCGGCCUGGACAACAGACAACUGGCACAAGCCGCGGCCUUCACCAACGAGAAGUACCCCAACCUCGAAUUGGACUUCGAAGUCGAAGACCCAGAGAGCGUCACCUCCGGCGAGCCAAGCUACCUCAAGGUCAAGAUCGAGCGCGAAAUCGAAGAAGACGAAGAGCCCGACACCUCCGUGCACGCACCCUUCUACCCCAACAAGAAGAUGGAGAACUGGUGGCUCGUGGUCGGAGACGAGAAGACAAAGAACCUGCUGGCUAUCAAGCGUAUCACUAUUGGUCGCAAGUUGGAGCUGCGUCUCGAAUACAUCGUGCCUACACCUGGUGAACACGAGCUGACUUUGUACUUGAUGAGUGAUAGUUACGUUGGUGUGGAUCAGGCUCCUACGUUUACUGUUACGGCUGCUGAGGGAAUGGAUGAGGAUGAGGAUGAGGACGAGGAAGAUGAGGAGUAGAUGGAUUGAUGGAUAAAUCUCUUCGCCGUGGAUGAUUCCAAAUGGAUAUGAUUUCGU